GUGGCGGCAGCGCCGCCGCAGGACGCAGGGAAGCCAACUAGCGAAUAGUGGCAGCGGCGGCGGCGGCGGCGGCGGUGGCAGUUCGCGGCGAGGGCGACGGUUCCGAGACCGAGUGGCGGUGCGGCGGAGGCCUGGGUGCCCUCCUCCGUGUGAUCCUCUUGUGAUUAGCCUUUGUACCUCGUCUUCAUAUGAAGAUGGUGAAACUGGAUAUUCAUACUCUGGCCCAUCACCUCAAGCAGGAGCGCUUAUAUGUGAACUCUGAGAAGCAGCUCAUUCAGAGGCUGAAUGCAGAUGUACUUAAGACAGCCGAAAAGUUGUAUCGUACAGCCUGGAUUGCUAAGCAACAGAGAAUUAAUUUGGACCGGCUUAUCAUAACCAGUGCUGAAGCUUCCCCUGCUGAGUGUUGCCAGCAUGCCAAGAUUUUGGAAGAUACACAGUUUGUUGAUGGAUAUAAGCAAUUGGGAUUUCAGGAGACUGCUUACGGAGAGUUCUUGAGUCGGUUAAGGGAAAAUCCUCGUCUUAUUGCCUCCUCUUUGGUUGCUGGGGAGAAACUUAAUCAGGAGAACACGCAAAGUGUUAUUUACACAGUUUUUACCUCCCUCUAUGGCAACUGCAUUAUGCAAGAAGAUGAAAGCUACCUCCUUCAGGUUUUGAGAUACUUGAUUGAAUUUGAACUUAAAGAAAGUGACAACCCCAGGCGACUUUUGAGGAGAGGAACUUGUGCCUUCAGCAUCUUAUUUAAACUUUUUUCUGAAGGACUGUUUUCUGCCAAACUUUUUCUCACAGCUACUUUACAUGAGCCAAUCAUGCAACUGCUUGUUGAAGAUGAAGAUCACCUGGAAACAGAUCCAAACAAGCUAAUCGAGAGGUUCUCCCCAUCUCAACAGGAAAAACUCUUCGGAGAGAAGGGCUCAGAUAGAUUCAGGCAAAAGGUGCAAGAGAUGGUGGAUUCCAAUGAGGCCAAACUGGUAGCUUUGGUGAACAAAUUCAUUGGUUAUCUCAAACAAAACACAUACUGCUUCCCACAUAGCUUGAGGUGGAUUGUGUCCCAGAUGUACAAAACCCUCUCGUGUGUAGACAGACUGGAAGUUGGGGAGGUCAGGGCAAUGUGUACGGAUCUCCUUUUGGCCUGCUUCAUCUGCCCUGCAGUUGUCAAUCCAGAACAGUAUGGAAUAAUCUCUGAUGCUCCUAUUAAUGAGGUGGCAAGAUUUAAUCUGAUGCAGGUUGGCCGCCUCUUGCAGCAGUUGGCAAUGACCGGCUCUGAAGAAGGAGAUCCCCGGACAAAGAGCAGCCUUGGGAAAUUUGACAAAAGCUGUGUUGCUGCUUUCCUUGAUGUUGUGAUUGGGGGCCGCGCAGUGGAGACGCCUCCAAUGUCCUCCGUUAAUCUUCUGGAAGGAUUGAGCAGGACUGUGGUUUAUAUAACCUAUAGUCAGCUUAUUACUCUGGUGAAUUUUAUGAAGAGCGUAAUGUCUGGAGAUCAACUAAGAGAAGAUAGGAUGGCUCUUGACAAUUUAUUGGCAAACCUGCCCCAGGCAAAGCCAGGGAAAAGUAGCAGUUUGGAAAUGACUCCCUAUAAUACUCCUCAGCUGUCUCCGGCAACCACUCCAGCAAAUAAGAAGAAUCGAUUGCCUAUAGCAACUCGGAGUAGAAGCCGCACCAAUGUGCUAAUGGACUUACAUAUGGACCAUGAAGGAUCAUCUCAAGAAACCAUCCAGGAAGUACAGCCUGAAGAGGUGUUGGUCAUUUCCUUAGGGACAGGUCCCCAGCUCACUCCAGGGAUGAUGUCAGAAAAUGAGGUCCUAAACAUGCAACUUUCGGAUGGAGGACAAGGAGAUGUCCCUGUCGAUGAAAACAAACUCCACGGUAAACCUGAUAAAACCUUGCGCUUUUCCCUCUGCAGUGAUAAUCUGGAAGGAAUAUCCGAAGGUCCUUCAAAUCGCUCCAAUUCGGUAUCUUCUCUAGACCUGGAAGGAGAGUCUGUAUCAGAACUUGGAGCAGGACCUUCUGGGAGUAAUGGAGUCGAAGCUCUACAGCUAUUGGAGCAUGAGCAAGCUACAACACAAGACAAUCUUGAUGAUAAGCUAAGAAAGUUUGAAAUACGUGACAUGAUGGGACUCACAGAUGAUAGAGAUAUAUCAGAAACAGUGAGUGAGACGUGGAGUACGGAUGUCCUGGGAAGUGAUUUCGACCCUAACAUUGAUGAAGAUCGCUUACAAGAAAUUGCAGGUGCAGCAGCAGAGAACAUGUUAGGCAGUUUACUGUGCCUGCCAGGUCCAGGGUCAGUGCUUCUUGACCCAUGCACUGGUUCUACCAUAUCAGAGACAACAAGUGAAGCUUGGAGUGUAGAGGUAUUGCCAAGUGACUCAGAGGCCCCAGAUCUAAAGCAGGAGGAGCGUCUGCAAGAACUGGAGAGCUGUUCUGGACUGGGCAGCACCUCUGAUGAUACGGAUGUCAGGGAGGUCAGUUCCCGCCCCAGCACACCAGGCCUCAGUGUUGUGUCGGGCAUAAGUGCAACCUCCGAGGAUAUUCCCAAUAAGAUUGAAGACCUGAGAUCUGAGUGCAGCUCUGAUUUUGGGGGUAAAGAUUCUGUCACUAGUCCAGACAUGGAUGAAGUAACUCAUGGUGCCCACCAGCUGACCUCUCCUCCUUCUCAGUCAGAGUCUCUACUUGCCAUGUUUGAUCCACUGUCUUCACAUGAAGGGGCUUCUGCUGUGGUAAGGCCAAAGGUUCACUAUGCCAGGCCAUCGCAUCCACCACCGGAUCCCCCAAUCCUGGAAGGAGCUGUGGGAGGAAAUGAGGCCAGGUUGCCAAACUUUGGUUCCCAUGUUUUAACCCCAGCUGAGAUGGAGGCAUUCAGGCAAAGGCAUUCGUACCCGGAGAGAUUAGUGCGCAGCAGGAGCUCCGAUAUAGUCUCGUCUGUCCGGCGACCUAUGAGUGACCCCAGCUGGAACCGACGUCCAGGGAACGAAGAGAGAGAGCUCCCUCCAGCCGCAGCCAUUGGUGCUACUUCUUUGGUGGCUGCACCUCAUUCAUCAUCUUCAUCCCCGAGUAAGGACUCCUCAAGAGGAGAGACUGAAGAACGCAAAGAUAGCGAUGAUGAGAAAUCAGACAGGAACAGACCUUGGUGGAGAAAACGUUUUGUUUCUGCCAUGCCUAAAGCUCCUAUACCAUUUAGAAAGAAAGAAAAACAAGAAAAAGACAAAGAUGAUCUGGGGCCUGACAGAUUCUCAACACUCACAGAUGACCCCAGCCCCAGACUCAGUGCGCAAGCUCAGGUCGCUGAGGAUAUUCUGGACAAAUACAGGAAUGCCAUUAAACGAACCAGCCCCAGUGAAGGAGCAAUGGCAAACUAUGAAAGCACAGAGGUCAUAGGUGAUGGUGAGAGUGCACAGGAUUCUCCUCGUGAGGAAACACUGCAGAACAUGUCAGCUGAUGACCUCCCGGACUCCGCAAGCCAAGCGGCCCACCCUCAGGACUCUGCUUUCUCAUACAGAGAUGCAAAAAAGAAACUGAGACUUGCUCUUUGCUCUGCGGAUUCCAUUGCUUUCCCAGUGCUAACCCAUUCAACAAGGAAUGGUUUACCAGACCACACAGACCCAGAAGACAAUGAAAUUGUUUGCUUCUUAAAAAUUCAAAUAGCUGAAGCAAUUAAUUUACAAGAUAAGAACUUAAUGGCUCAACUUCAGGAAACUAUGCGCUGUGUGUGCCGCUUUGAUAACAGAACUUGUAGGAAACUGCUGGCCUCUAUUGCUGAGGACUACAGGAAAAGAGCCCCCUAUAUUGCUUAUCUCACCCGCUGUCGGCAAGGACUGCAGACCACGCAGGCUCACCUGGAGAGGCUGCUGCAGCGGGUCUUGCGGGACAAAGAGGUGGCCAAUCGAUACUUCACCACGGUCUGUGUGAGGUUGCUGCUUGAGAGCAAAGAAAAGAAGAUCAGGGAAUUCAUCCAAGACUUUCAGAAACUCACAGCAGCUGAUGAUAAGACUGCUCAGGUGGAAGAUUUUCUGCAGUUCCUCUACGGCGCGAUGGCCCAGGACGUCAUAUGGCAGAACGCGAGUGAGGAGCAGCUGCAGGAUGCCCAGCUGGCCAUUGAACGAAGUGUGAUGAAUCGGAUUUUCAAGCUCGCCUUCUACCCUAACCAGGACGGGGACAUACUUCGUGACCAGGUCCUUCAUGAACAUAUUCAGAGAUUGUCUAAAGUAGUGACUGCCAAUCACAGAGCUCUACAAAUACCAGAGGUCUAUCUUCGGGAGGCACCGUGGCCAUCUGCACAGUCAGAAAUCAGGACAAUAAGUGCUUACAAGACGCCCCGGGACAAGGUGCAGUGCAUCCUGCGAAUGUGCUCCACCAUCAUGAACCUCCUGAGUCUGGCCAAUGAGGACUCCGUCCCUGGAGCAGAUGACUUUGUCCCUGUUUUGGUAUUUGUGUUGAUAAAGGCAAAUCCACCCUGUUUGCUGUCCACCGUCCAGUACAUCAGCAGCUUCUAUGCCAGCUGUCUGUCUGGAGAGGAGUCCUACUGGUGGAUGCAGUUCACGGCAGCCGUGGAAUUCAUCAAAACUAUUGAUGACCGGAAGUGACCAGGACCACGGCCCACCAAGGCAGCAGACUGUUAGACGGGCAUACAGAUCUCUUAGAAAACGUACCAGCUGCUAUGAAGGCUGAAGAUUGUUUUUUGUAUAAUAUUGUACAGCAUUCAGACAUUUUAAAACAGAUCUUUACUAAACAGAUUAAUGAGCUAACAAGCAGGUUCUCCUUUCUUUGGGCUCUUUUCUUUUCUGUUGCAUAUUUGGUUAUUUUCUUGUCCCAAGUAGAGAAUAGUACUGCAAAAAGGGACCACAUUUUUCAGGUAUUUUGAAAUAUUAAAAAACAGAACAAAAUCUAGAAAAUUCCUAGAUCUCCAUUCAUGAAUACCCAUUCUUUCCUUUUAUUUAAAAAAAAGAAAAAGAAAACAGUACACCUCUUUUUAGAUGCUGCCUAAUCUUCUAUGCAUCUAAUGGAAGGAAAAGAGCAGUUGCACUGAGGAUUGAUAGUGGUGACAGUAGUGGCAUUAUCUAUAAAUACACUCACCUAGAUCGAAAGGCUAAGAAGGAAAUGUAAAUAUAAUAUAUAUUUAUAUUUGAUGUAAUAUGGACGUCUUCGGAUUCUAAUAAACAAGGAAUAUUGCUGAUAGGUUGUGACGUACCCUCUUGUGCAAUGGUUUCCUUGACAAAGUUUAAGCUGAACUUAAAAGCAAAAAACACACAGAAAUAUUUAUUAAAGUGUAAACCAGUUUCUUGAACUCUCUAGGUGUGGAGUUUGAUGCACAAGGCUGCCUUUGAUGAGGGGUGCAACAGUCACGCGGACAUUGCUCACCACGGACGGCUGAGUCUGCAGGAGGAGGGAUGUAGACUCUCCAGUCGCCAUGCAUUACACACAAAGCAACCGUAGACACCUAAUAUGUUACUGUGGUACAUGCUAAAUACAGUGUAGAAACCCCAAACAGAACUCCUUUUAAACCUUUAAUUGUAAUAUAUUUUUGAUGAUUAUUCACAUUGAAUGACAGACCAGGAAUUCAGUGAAUGUCAUUUUUUUAAAAACUAAUUUGUAUUGUCUGCUCUAGUGAUACAAGUUUUACUAGUGAUAAACUAUUUUAAUCAACCAUAUUAUUCUUAUGGAAAAAAAAUCUAUUUUGGCAGGUUUCUGUGCCUUUAUUUCCCUCUUCUGAACAAAAGUCUAUGUUUCAGUAUUUUGGUUUGAUUGUGUAUUGAUAAUUAAUCAGGAAUGGGUGUUGGUGUGUGAGAAAUUGGCUAGGGAGGCACACCAGAGCUUCAAGCACAAGUCUGGUACGUAAGUCAUCAUCGACGGCUCUCACUCUGUCUGUUUCCUAAACAGGGUUAGCCUCUUUUAUAACAAACUCAGUCCCAUACUUUGAGUCCCUUGUUGCCAGCAGCAUUUCUAGGCAUUUCUAAGGAAACUGUGACAAACACUGGUGAGCAGAUGAAUCCGGAGGCUGUCUUUUCUCCGCGACCUGAGUUUAAUUGUGCCUGGAGAAGCUGGAUUUUCUUUAUGCCUCCAUCUCUCAUUCAUUUAUUUUAGAAUACCGAGAUAACAAGUUACGUAGGAGUGUGGGAUGUGGUUUCUGCCUUUUAGGGAGAGAUCAAAAUUAAACUAGUACUACGAAAUGUCUUUUUGAAUGUUAGGUCAGGAAAUCUGUGUAGAGUCCUGUGCUUCCUGGGCUGUGACUGUCAAACCUGCCUGCGUGUUAGGAGUCAGAUCCUGUCAUUAAACACUUUACAAGCCAAACAGACACGAUUUCUAAGACCUAGGGUGAGUCCAUUUACUUCAGUAUUUGACGCAAUAAAUGUUAAGUCAAUAGAA